CCCCUCCCUCCUCCUCCUCCAAUCCGGCUCUUCUGUCCCAGGAAUGGGGGGUGUGAGCCCCCUCCCACCCUGCCUUCUUCUCUAGGACGUGGAGCUUCCUCUUCGGAUUGCUGCUCUGCCCCGUAGAUCUAGGGGGGGCGGCUUUCGAUGCUGCGGGAAAGGAAAGGAGAAUCGGGAGCGAGGACAAAGAGGAUUUCCUUUCUGCCCACUCUGAAAAAGGUGGUGGAGAAGACAGAAUUGCAGGGGACAAGGCACCUUUCGUUUCAUUAGGAAUAGCCAUUAAAAUGUGUGAAAUGUGGAAUAUGCUUCACUGAAUGAGCACACAUAGUUCACAUCAACGAACACAAAAAGGAAAAAACCCAUUUAAAGAUAUGGAGUGCAGAAAGAGCUUCUCUUUCAAUGCAAAACUUAGAACACACCAGCGGACUCACACAGGGAGAAAACGUUUUAUGUGCAGGGAGUGUGGGAAGAACUUCAGUCAGAGUGGACACCUCAAUAUACAUCAACGGACACACACAGGGGAGAAACCAUUUAAAUGCAUGGAGUGUGGAAAGAGCUUCAAUCAGAGUGGAAGCCUUACAACACAUCAACGGACUCACACAGGGGAGAAACCAUAUAAAUGUAUUGAUUGUGGAAAGAGCUUUAGUGAUAAUGGAAACCUAAGGAAACAUCAACGGACUCACACAGGGGAGAAACCAUUUAAAUGCAUGGAGUGUGGAAAGAGCUUCAGUCAGAGUGGAAACCUUAGAAAACAUCAACGGACUCACACAAGGGAGAAACCAUUUAAAUGUAUCGAGUGUGGAAAGAGCUUUAGUGAAAAUGGAAGCCUUAGAAACCAUCAACGGACUCACACAGGGGAGAAACCAUUUCAAUGUAUCGAGUGUGGAAAGAGCUUUAGUUUUAGUGGAAGCCUUAGACAACAUCAACGGACUCACACAGGGGAGAAGCCAUAUAAAUGUAUCGAGUGUGCAAAGAGCUUUAGUGAUAGUGGAAGCCUUAGACAACAUCAACGGACUCACACAGGGGAGAAACCAUUUCAAUGUAUCGAGUGUGGAAAGAGCUUUAGUUUUAGUGAAAGCCUUAGAUCACAUCUACGGACUCACACAGGGGAGAAACCAUAUAAAUGCAUUGAGUGUGGAAAGAGCUUUAGUUUUAGUGGAAGCCUUACAACACAUCAACGGAUUCACACAGGGGAGAAACCAUUUAAAUGCAUGGAGUGUGGAAAGAGCUUCAAUCAGAGCGGACAGCUCAAUAUACACCAUCGGACUCACACAGGGGAGAAACCAUUUAAAUGUAUGGAGUGUGGAAAGACCUUUAAUGAAAAUGGAAGCCUUAGAAAUCAUCAACGGACUCACACAGGGGAGAAACCAUUUAAAUGCAUGGAGUGUGAAAAGAGCUUCAGUCAGAGUGGAGACCUUAGGAACCAUCAACGGAUUCACACAGGGGAGAAACCAUUUAAAUGUAUGGAGUGCGGAAACAGCUUCUCUUUCAAUGCAAAACUUAGAACACACCAGCGGACUCACAAAGAGAGAAAACAUUUUAAGUACAGGGAGUGUGGGAAGAACUUCAGUCAGAGUGGAAACCUUAAAUUGCACAAACGGACUCACACAGAGAAGAAACCAUAUGAAUGUAUGGAGUGUGGAAAAAACUUUAAUAAUAGUGGAAGCCUUAGAAGACAUGAACGGACUCACACAGGGGAGAAACCAUUUAAAUGUAUGGAGUGUGGAAAGAGCUUUAGUGAUAGUGGAAGCCUUAGUAAACAUCAACGGACUCACACAGGGGAGAAACCAUUUAAAUGUAUCGAGUGUGGAAAGAGGUUCAGUCAGAGUGGAGAGCUUAGAUCACAUCAACGGACUCACACAGGGGAGAAACCAUAUGAAUGUAUCGAGUGUGGAAACAGCUUUAGUGAAAGUGGAAGCCUUAGAAGACAUGAACGGACUCACACAGGGGAGAAACCAUUUAAAUGUAUGGAGUGUGGAAAGAGCUUUAGUGAAAGUGGAAGCCUUAGACAACAUCAACGGACUCACACAGGGGAGAAACCAUGUGAAUGUAUGGAUUGUGGAAAGAGCUUCAGUCGGAGUGCACACCUUAGAUCACAUCAACGGACUCACACAGGGGAGAAACCAUUUAAAUGUAUCGAGUGUGGAAAGAGCUUCAGUCAGAGUGCACACCUUAGAUCCCAUCAGCGGAUUCACACAGAGGAGAAACCAUUUACAUGUAUGGAGUGCGGAAAAAGCUUCCGUUUUAGUGGAAACCUGAGAAGACAUCAACAGACUCACAUCGGUAUGAAACGAUUUAAAUGUAUGGAGUGCGGAAAGAGCUUCAGUCAGAAUGCACACCUUAGAAAUCAUCAACGGACUCACACAAAAGACAAACCAUAUAAAUAUCAGGAAAGUAGAUAGAGGUUCACUCUUAGUGGAAGUUCUGGAUCAACAGACUCAUAGACAGGAAGAACUUUAAAAGUUGAAACCCUUCAAACCAUCAACAAACUCAGAGAGGAGAAGCAGUUUAAAUGAAAAGACUGCAAAAAGUGCUUUAUUUAUAAUGGAGUAUUUAAGGAACAUCUAGGGACUCUCACAUGGGAGAACCGAUUUACAUGUAUGGAGUGUGGGAUGUCUUCCUCUCAGAGUCCACUCUGAGCAAUGAACUCAGCAGGAAAUCAUUCCUAAAAGCAUGAGGUAUAUGUGAAGUUCUGAUGUUUAUAUGUAAAACUGUAUAAUAAAGAAAUAAUGAAGGGAG